GAGGAGACGGAGCCCGAGCAGCGCGAGCCGCAGGCCCCGGCCUCCUCCAAGGAGCCGGCCGCCGGGGCCGGGGCCUCGGCCUCGGCCGCGGCCGUCAUGCAGACGCACUGCCAGUGCCACCUGUGCGUGAGCACCUUCCAGGCGCAGAUGAGCCUCAGCGUGCACUUUAAGGAGCGCUACGCCCCCAAGACCUACGAGUGCGCCGAGUGUCAGAAGACGUUCAAGCAGAAGGGCAGCCUGACUGUGCACGAGCGAAUGCACACGGGGGAGAAGCCCUACGUGUGCCUGGACUGCGGCAAGUGCUUCCGCAACGGAGGCAACCUCACGGUGCACCGGCGCGUUCACACAGGCGAGCAGCCGUACAAGUGCGACGCGUGCGGCACCGGCUUCAGCCAGAAGGGCAGCCUCGUGGUGCACCUGCGCAUCCACACGGGACAGAAGCCCUACGAGUGCACGCAGUGUGGGAAGAGGUUCAGCACGCGGGGAAACCUGGUCAAGCACCUCCGCGUGCACACGGGAGACAGGCCGUACAAGUGCAGCCAGUGCGAGAAGACCUUCACCCAGCGCGGCAGCCUGACGGUGCACAUGCGGAGCUGCGCCAGGGCCGCCCACCUGGCCUGCUGCAGGCCCGACGCCUGCUUCCCCUGAUUGCCCUCUGCCCCGACAGAACACGCCCACACGGGCUUUCUUUCGCUUUUACGUAUCUUAACAUGCUCAAGGUCACCGUGAGGCCACUUAGUUCUCUUCUUAUUUCGUGUCCUAUCACCCGUUUACUCCGUUCUUUGGCGUCUUUUAGGAUAUAAAUCAGCUUUAAAUAGUCUCUUCUGCAGGUAAUUUUUUUUUCCUUGCUGAUAAAACUUCAAAAGAACGUCCCACGCUCUGAGCAAUGAUUAUUGUAUCUGGAGUGCAAAGAUGUAUUGAGUUGUGAUGCCAGUUUGUCUCAUCAGAGCUGGAGAUGUAUUUGGCCGAUUCUGUUGUUAGCUCGGCUGAAUGUCGGCCAUCAUUAAAAAUAAGGUAACAGCUGAAUACAGCAGUAGCCUUUGAAUUACGAUCCAAGAUACUGCCAAUCCAGUAAUGGACUUUGGUUUGAAGUUUUCUUUGCCAAAACCUCUUUACCUUAUGUGGGAAAAUGUACCUUUUUUUCUUUUGUAUAUACCUUUUACCAUUUAUUUGCUGAAGUUAAAGAAUGCAUAUGGGAUCAUCCUGCCAGUAACACGUUCAAAGAUGAUUUAGUGAGCUACCAAACCAGGUGUGUUGACAAAUUGUGAGCACCAUCUCUUUCAGUCUGGGCUAUCUUUAGUUGGGACUUGGCAUGUUGACACUGUCUUUAAGGCAUUCAUAUAACUUAGGAACAAUACCUUUGGGGUACUCGGCCCCAUCCAACUAUCAAUAUUUGUGAUUCCAAAAGAAUUUUUGAGCUCUUGGUGGCUUAGUACAAAAUCCUGAUGUCACAAAAUGUUUGUUGCCUGAAUAAACAUUACAAUAAAGUGCCUAAUUUGUAGGUCUUCAAACUACA